UUAAGACACAUUCCACGCACCUCUACGCCAAGGGUGUGAAAUAUCAAAGUGAUUGUUUCGCCCCAAGCUUUCCAGCAUAUGAAAAAGGGUAGAUUCAAUCUUAGGAAAACCAUUUGUUUCACUUAAAAUUUGACUGGUUACGUAUUUAAAUAGCUAGGUGAAGUAAUAGCAUUUUAUGUAAGAAAAAUGAAAUUUUUCAUUGAUAAUUUUCAAAUAUGCCUGCUGGCACGGUAAUGUUCGAAAACAUUUAAACUAUUUUUUUAUUAAUGUAGUAUAAUAACGUAUAUUUUAUACACCCAAAGGACACUUUUCAUAAAAAUAGGUUUUGAUAUGUUUUAAGCACUUUUUGCAAUAGCCGCAAUUUAAUGGUGUCCCGUUACGAAAAUAGUAUAUUUGUUGUAAUAGCGAAUUUAUCACUAGCUUUAGAAAAAUGAUUUUCAGGAUUCUCUUAGUACUCGUGGAGACCUUUCUUCCAACAUAUUGGGUUACCUUGAUCGACGCGUUAUCUUAGGCGUUACUAUGGGUGCGUAGAUUUGGUGUCCCGUUACGAAAAUUUUAAAGACAUUCAUAAGUGGAUAAAUAAGUGUGGUUUGAUCAAAUAUUUAACCAAAAAUCUGUAACCGUGAUGAAAUGAUAUUAUAGGGUGUAUAUAUUUUCAUUAUCCUUCUUGGUGUAACGCCCCUACUGAAACAAAGUCCACUUCUCAGCUCUCCACGGAAACUACGUAAACAAAGGGCAGGUAUUCUGGUGGAUCAGUGGAAAAGUGAUGUUUUAUUAAGUUUUGUGAUGAUAGCAUACUCUUUAAAAGCUAUAAACUUUUUAACGUGUCCUAUGAAUUACCACCAUGAUGUAUAAAAUGGUUUAUAGAAUCACAAAGCGUUCAAAACUUGAAGAUCCCGAAGUGAUGGUUGGCAUUCCUUCUUUACCCCAUUCAUCACCGAAUAAUUUACUUUUAUGACGACAAACAUAUUUUGAAGCUUAUGUUCUUAUUAAAAAAAGUGUAAAAUGCAUCACGAAAAUAGCGUAGCAUUACUUUUUGUGAUAACAUAAUUUAGUAACCGUUGAUUGAAAGUCUAGCGACCUCCCUCUUGUCGUUUUGGUUGACAACUUUUUUUUUCUUCUCGAAAUCCGUUUGUUUGUAUCGUUACUGGUUGUCCUUAGCUAAAUAUCAACGGAAAGCCCCCAUAAUCUCAUCCCCUCCAAAAAAAACUUUGUUCUCUCUAACCUCGACCAAACGACAAGUUCAACAGUUCCCCAAAACUAACAUAGAAUAAAAGAAAAAUCCCCUUUAAAAUGUAAAAUUUAUUUCAACGAAAAUUGGUUCCUUCAUUCCCAAGGCGCAUGAGCUUUCCAAUAAAGGAUUAAAGCAACAUGCGACAUAUGCUUGAAAAGACUGUGUUGGAAGAAUGUACUAUAGAUAUCAUUGGCCAUAUCAGUUGAUACAUACUUAAGUCAAUUUUUUCUAUCCCAUUCUUUCGAAAUGAAGAUUGAUACGUCGCUCGGCAUGUUUUGGUUACAAACCAGAAAUGUUUCCGAUGACACCCCCGUGGAACCUGUGCUAAAUGUUCCGAGGUGGCUGUAGAGGCACCGAUGACGUCGGACCGUGCCUAACGGUCACCGACACAUGCGCGCGAGACUGGCCUCACCUAUAUUAGAUAUCAUUGAGCAAUGGCAAUGAAAUCACGUGUGGGUAUGAUAGAAAAUUGUAAACAGAACCGUAACAAUAGCAAGCUAUAGCGUUGGAGUUAAAGAGAAGAUUAUUGAAAAUAAGUGAUUAAAUCUUGUUUGAAGCUUAAAAUAAAAUCGGGCAAAUUGAAGAAGGGGAUAAUUUGUACCAGGUAAUAUGGAUUGCAAUUAACUUAAAUUGAAUACUAACUGCUAAAUGUUGUAGGCCAAAAAUAGAUUGCAGUGGACCCUAGCAGACACUGAACUUUAGUUGCGAGGGAAACUAUCCAUGUAAGAUAAAAUAAUUUACUUUAUUAUGCUGAACUACAAAAAAUAUACAUAUUUUAGUUUUGAGCUGUUGUGAACCGCACCCUGCUACAAAAAUAGUUUUCAACUGAUCCGAAUAUCCUCAAAAAUGGAUAAACAAUUGCCAGGGGACGGAUCUAACCUCACCGAUGACAAGACGGCGUACAACUGUGCGAUAUGUAGUCGUCCGGAUCACGACGAGGAUCAUAUGGUGUUCUGCGAGGGUUGCAAGGUAUGGCUACAUUUCAGCUGUGCCGGUGUAGGAUCAGAGGUCGAGUACGACGAAAACUGGCGAUGCUCUUCGUGCCGUGAAUUUGACCCGACUAAGUCGAGUGACGAGGAAAGCGAUGCUGAAGGUGCUAUCUCAGUGGAUGAUACGAUUGAUGGAGCUAGAAAAAGCAGUGCCCCAAACCCCCAAACUGUCUCGGAAGACGAAGAGGUUGCCGCGGCAAUAAAGAGGAUGAAGAUGGAGAAGGAGCGUAUGAAGAGACGGAUGGAGCAGAAGCUGGCGCUGGCUAAGGCCCAAAUGGAACUCGAGAACGAGAAGCUUGAGAUGGAGUGGGCCUUGGAGAAGCAAAUCAUGGAGAUGAAGAUUGCAUCGAAGGCGGCUUUCCAGAAGAAGAGGGAGAUGGAAAAGAAGAAGUUGCAGAAUCAGCUUCAGGAAUUGUGUAACGGCGAAGUGCGGAUGGAAUCUGAGAUCCGGAAGCUGGAGAAGCAAAAGGAAGAAGCGAAACGAUCGGUAGCGGAUAAGAAGGGAACGAGAACUAAACCGGAAGAAAUACCGACAAGGCCGGUGAGUUCCACUCCGAUAGUGCAUCCAGAAGCAAGUACGUCCACAGCUGGGGCGAAGAAGAAGAUCGUCGAUCGACAGGACUUGGUAGUACCAGUUGAGAAGAAGAAGUUCUGUGGAAAUGCGAAAAAAGAAGAAAAUGUGUCCAAAGAAGAAAGUGAGAGUUGUGAAGAGAGCUCACAAGCGGAUUCGCUGAGCGCGAAUCAGAGCGGAUCGUCUAGCGAAACAACGACCGACGAAGAGGAAGAACAGAAGGACAAGAAGAAGCGACAUCGGAAGGAAAAAAUGGUCCCAACGAAAGCACAAAUAUCAGCGAGGCAGUUUCUAUCGCGAAAGCUGCCAAUAUUCACCGGCCGGCCAGACGAAUGGCCUAUAUUUAUUAGCAGCUUUAAUACGACGACCAGAGCUUGCGGGUUUUCAAACCUUGAAAACCUGGCACGAUUGCAGGAGAGCUUGAAAGGCCCUGCGAGAGAGGCGGUGUGCAGUAGGAUGUUGUUGCCAGAAGCGGUCCCUCAAAUCAUUGACACGCUGCGGAUGUUAUACGGGCGGCCGGAACAACUGCUCAACACACUACUAGCGAAGGUACGGAAAGCGGAACCUCCGAAGGCAGACCGGUUAGAAUCGUUCAUCAGCUUUGGGAUGGUGGUUCAACAGUUGUGUGAUCACCUCGAAGCGACGCAACUGAAUGAUCACCUAGUGAACCCACUGUUGAUACAAGAACUGGUCGAGAAGCUACCACCGUCGACGAAAAUGGAUUGGGUCCGAGUGAAGCGGCAGCACACCAAGAUCACCCUGCGUACGCUGUCUGAUUUCCUGUCGGAUCUGGUGUCUACGGCAAGUGAGGCGACUGGGAUAGUUGAUGUACCGCAGAAUCCAGUAAAUCGUCCCGGGAAGUCCAAAGGAGGGAAGCAAAGAGAGUACGAGAGUCAUACCAACACGCACAUCGAUGAUUCUUCGAAGAGACCAGAACAGCCAAGAACGCCCUGUCCGGUGUGUCGUCGCACUGAUCAUAGACUGAGGAACUGUGAUGAGUUUCGUAAGAUGAACGUUCAUCAACGUCUGCAAGUCGUGGAUCGAUUCGAGCUGUGCCCGUCCUGCUUGAAUGCUCACGGGAAAAGCCGAUGCAAGGCGAAUAUCCGGUGCAAAUUUGAGAGGUGCCAAGGCCAACACAACACAAUGCUGCAUCGUACGGUGUCGGAAAUGCGUUCGGAUUGCAACGCCCACAGUGCGACUGUGCAGUUGCCAAUCAUCUUUAGAAUGAUUCCGGUAACGCUGAGCUUCGGGAAAAGAUCAGUCACUACUAUGGCAUUUCUCGACGAAGGUAGCUCUUACUCGUUGAUUGAACAUUCCGUUGCAAAUCAAUUGAAAGCGGUUGGAAAGCCGCAACCGCUACGAGUAACUUGGACAGCAGGAAUGAGUAGACUGGAACGAGAUUCGGUGCUGCUGAAUCUGGACAUUUCCGCCGUCGGAUCACAGGAAACGUUUCCGAUGAACAAUGUCCACACCGUCGAACAACUCAAGUUGCCCAAGCAGUCGUUAAACUACCGUGAACUAGCCGAACGAUAUGGCCAUCUUCGACAUCUUCCGUUGAUUGAAUACCCGAGUGAUUCACCGAAGAUCUUGAUAGGUUUGAAGCACCUAGAUCUGUUCGCUCCUAUUGAAUCGCGUGUUGGACAAAGCGGAGAGCCGAUUGCAAUCAGGUCUAAGCUUGGAUGGACGGUGUACGGUCCACAAGAAGGAGGUAGUCUGCGUACAGCAUACGUUGGCCAUCAUUCAUGCACUGGUAUAUCGAACCAGGGAUUGCAUGAUCUUCUAAAGUCGCACUACGUAUUAGAAGAGGCUGGAGUUUCGGUAGAAGUGCUUCCGGAGUCAGCGGAAAAUCGACGAGCCCGUGAAAUACUAGAGAGAACAACAAAGAGAGUAGGAGACAGAUUCAUCACGGGAUUGUUAUGGAAAGAGGAAGAUCCGUCGCUACCGGAUAGCUACCCGAUGGCGGCACGCCGCAUGAGGACUUUGGAGAAACGCUUGUCCCAAAUGCCAGUACUAAAGCAAAACGUCCAGAAUCAGCUGAUCGAGUACCAAACAAAAGGAUACUGCCACGAAGCAACGGUCGACGAGUUGAGGAAUACUAGCCAGAAGAAGAUCUGGUACUUGCCUCUAAAUGUUGUCAUCAACCCGAAGAAGCCGAACAAAGUUCGUCUGGUUUGGGACGCCGCGGCUGCUGUAGGAGGCGUCUCGCUGAAUUCGAAGCUCUUGAAAGGUCCAGACUUCCUAACAUCGUUGCCAUCGGUGGUGUGUAAGUUCCGGGAACAUCGUAUCGGAUUCGGUGGAGAUAUCCGAGAGAUGUUCCACCAGUUGCAAAUCCGCCAGGAAGACAAGCAAGCUCUACGGUUCAUGUAUGGCGGAAAAAUCUACGUGAUGGACUGCGCGAUUUUUGGAGCGACCUGUUCACCAAGCCAGGCAUUGUACGUGAAGGACCGAAAUGCCAGUGAAUUUGUGAAUCGUUACCCGGCUGCAGUCGAUGCGAUCGUAAAAAGACAUUAUGUGGACGAUUACUUCGACAGUACAGAAACCGUCGAAGAAGCGGUGCAAAAGGCCAGCGAAGUUCGAUUCAUCCAUUCGAAGGGAGGCUUCGAAAUCCGGAAUUGGGUUUCGAACUCCACCGAAGUCCUUCAACAGCUAGGUGAGUCGAAAACGAACCAAAUUGUCCACUUCAAUACUGACAAAUCCACCGGGAAUGAGCGGGUUCUGGGCAUCGUCUGGGACUCUCAGGCUGAUGUAUUCACAUUUGCGAUGAAGCUGCCGGAAAAUCUUCAGCCGUAUUUGUCGAGCAAUCAACGGCCAACCAAGCGAAUUGUCCUCAGCAUAGUAAUGAGUUUUUUCGACCCUCUGGGACUGCUGACGCUUUUCACUAUACAAGGGAAAAUCAUAAUCCAGGACUUGUGGCGUACGGGGUGCGAUUGGGAUGAGGCAAUAGACGACGGCUGUUUCGCUAAGUGGCAAAAAUGGACUGCACUGUUGUCAGAUGUUGAGAAGAUAAGAAUUCCUCGUCACUAUUUCAGUGGAGGCAUAACGCUGGACUACGAUUCGUUGGAGCUACACGUCUUUGUAGAUGCCAGUGAAGGAGCGUAUGGCUGUGUAGCAUAUUUCCGUAUGCUGGUGGAUGGACUUCCUCGGUGUUCUCUGGUACAAGCUAGGUCGAAGGUGGCACCGCUUAGACAGUAUUCAACACCUCGGUUGGAGCUGAUGGCAGCGGUAUUGGGUGCAAAGAUGGCAGAAACAAUACGAGAGAACCAUAGUCUUCGAGUGAAACGUGUGCAAUUUUGGACCGAUUCGAGUACAGUGUAUUCCUGGAUCGUGUCAGAUCACCGCCGAUACAAGGUGUUCGUAGCAUACAGAAUCGGCGAAAUCCUGAGCAAGACAAGUCCAUCGGAUUGGCGAUGGGUGCGCACAAAACUAAACAUAGCAGAUGACCUGACGAAGUGGAAGGAUGGAACGAAAAUCGAAUCCGAUGGGCAAUGGUUCACCGGGCCUAAAUACCUGUACGAGAGUGAAGAUAAGUGGCCUAGACCAGAGCCCCCCCGACCAAACGUUGGUGAAGAGCUUCGAGCAAGCUGUCUAUUCCACAACACGGAGAGCGCAGAAGCGUUGAUCGAUUGCACUAGAAUCUCCAAGUGGAAUGUAUUAGUCCGAACGAUGGCUUGUGUCCUACGGUUCAUCUCCAACAUCCGCCGGAAACAGCAAGGAUUGUCGAUCGAGCUGCUACCAGUGGACUUAGCAGUUCGGAAGGUGCGAAGGUCGGCCGUGGUCGAGCGGUCGUUUUCACGAGAAGAAUACCAACAUGCGGAGCGCCAUCUGUGGAGAAUGGCACAAGAGGAAUCAUAUCCUGACGAGGUGAAGAUUCUACGAAGAUGCAGAGAAGGAAAGCAGGGCAAGAUUGAGAGGUCUAGCAUGCUGUUGAAGUUGUCUCCGGUAUUAGAUGAAGAUAACGUGCUGCGGAUGGACGGUAGGGUGCAAGAAGGUGAAUUUGUUCCAUUUGAGCUGCAGUUUCCAGUGAUUUUGCCGAGAAAGCACCCUAUAACGACCAAAUUGAUCGAAUAUUACCACCAGAUGUUUGGGCAUGCCAAUAGGGAGACGGUAGUCAAUCAGCUAAGACAGCGUUUCUAUAUCCCUGCCGUUCGCAGAGAGGUAGAAAGAAUUGCUCGAGAAUGUGUUUGGUGCAGGGUGCACAAGUGUAAGCCAGUGGUUCCUCGCAUGGCGCCACUCCCAGUGCAAAGAACAACGCCGUUUAUGCGCCCAUUCAGCUACACCGGAGUGGACUUUUUUGGUCCGAUCAAUGUCGUCGUUGGGCGGCAUAAGGAAAAGCGUUGGUGCGCGUUGUUUACGUGCUUCGGAACAAGAGCCAUACAUCUGGAAAUAGUUCACAGCUUAUCCACACCAGCGUGUCUGAUGGCUAUACGAAGAUUUGUCUGUCGGCGAGGAGUUCCAGUAGAGUUCUUUUCCGACAAUGGAACUAAUUUCGUCGGAGCAAGCAAGAUAGUGGUAAAGAAGAUAGAAGCCGAUUGUUCGGAGGCGUUGACGAGCUCGCGGACGCGGUGGAACUUUAAUCCUCCCUCGGCACCGCACUUCGGCGGCGUAUGGGAACGGCUAGUUCGGUCGGUAAAGAAGGCUAUGGAGGUUUUGGACGAUGGACGUAAGCUGACUGACGAAGUAUUGUUAACUACAUUGGCUGAGGCAGAGGAUUUAGUUAAUUCUCGACCACUAACGUACGUCCCUCAAGAGCCAGGUAACAGCGGAUCCAUUACGCCAAAUAAUUUCCUGAAAGGGCUUCCAAUAGGAGAGACUGAAUGCGGAAUACCACCAACCAGUGAAGCUGAGGCCUUACGAGACAGCCACAAAAGAGCACAGAUGCUUGCAGAUCGGUUAUGGAAGCGAUGGCUGGUCGAAUAUCUACCGCAUAUCAACCGACGUACAAAGUGGCACGAAGAACAACCGACGUUGGAAGUUGGCGAGAUUGUGUAUGUUGCCGAUGAUGACAACAGGAAGUGCUGGGUACGAGCAAUCGUUGAAGAAGUGAAACCAGGAACCGACGGAAGGAUCAGACAAGCACUAGUCCGAACGACCAAGGGAACCUACAGACGCCCUGUGGCAAAGCUUGCGAUGCCUGAGAUACGAUGGCGUAAAUCUGGCUACGGUGGAGAACCUACUCCAGUGUUACGGGGAGGGGCUGUAGAGGCACCGAUGACGUCGGACCGUGCCUAACGGUCACCGACACAUGCGCGCGAGACUGGCCUCACCUAUAUUAGAUAUCAUUGAGCAAUGGCAAUGAAAUCACGUGUGGGUAUGAUAGAAAAUUGUAAACAGAACCGUAACAAUAGCAAGCUAUAGCGUUGGAGUUAAAGAGAAGAUUAUUGAAAAUAAGUGAUUAAAUCUUGUUUGAAGCUUAAAAUAAAAUCGGGCAAAUUGAAGAAGGGGAUAAUUUGUACCAGGUAAUAUGGAUUGCAAUUAACUUAAAUUGAAUACUAACUGCUAAAUGUUGUAGGCCAAAAAUAGAUUGCAGUGGACCCUAGCAGACACUGAACUUUAGUUGCGAGGGAAACUAUCCAUGUAAGAUAAAAUAAUUUACUUUAUUAUGCUGAACUACAAAAAAUAUACAUAUUUUAGUUUUGAGCUGUUGUGAACCGCACCCUGCUACAAAAAUAGUUUUCAACUGAUCCGAAUAGUGGCCAUUUAGUUGAUACAUACUUAAGUCUAUCCACAGACAAACAGACGUAACACCUAGAACAAUUUUCGUGAAAAUCAUCGCCCAGUUCACACUAAAAUCACCUGGUGGAAAUGUUUCACGAAACACUGCGUUGUGCAAUAUCGUCAACAGAAGGCGCUAGUGUUGAACGUCAAAAGCAAAUAAAAACAAUGUGCCCGCCUUUGGUUGUGAAAGCGACAACUAUGAAGAUAUAAAAUGAUCGUUAAAAGCAUGGUCGAUAGAAAUUUCGCCAGUGUUACGUCUGUUUGUCUGUGGUCUAUCGUUUCUGACUCAGUUAUUUGAAAUCAUGAAGAUUGAUAUGUCGCACGGCAUGUUUAGGUUGAAAGCCAGAAGUGUCCCCAAUGAGGCCCCGCGGAACCUGUUACGGGAUUCCGGAUGGGCCAACUGAUUCAAAUCUUGUUAUAGCAGUUGUGUUUCACUAUUCGCAACAAAAAUUUCGUUGAAAAUCGAUGGUUCAAACACAACAACAUACGAAAUAAUCACUUUGAGCCAUUUUGACAACUCCCUGACCCUAGCACAAUCCGGAAUAUCUCCGGAAUGGUUCCGGAUAUUGCAUGGCCACUUGUGUAUAAUGAACUAGCUCCAAUUUAUGAUUAAUUGAGGGCGACUUCAAAAAAAUCGGAUGAAAAUUGGCGAAAUGCCAGCAUUUUGAAAAUGAGUUGUAGAGGGUCGGAUACGUGAAGGUUAAAUAAAACUCUAAGCAGGUUCCCCAGGGCCCAUUCCGAUGGCCACCAUAGGGCCAGAGUGGGUUUGAAGGACUAUUGGUGUCCUGCCGGACAGCUACUAUCUGUCUGAAAAAUAUUGCCGAAGACACCAAUAUUCUAUCUAGCAAAGCGUUCAAUCUUCAACUAGAUGACUUUAGCCGUAACGGGACACCAUUUGCAAAACACUGUUUUCACGCGAGCGUAACGCUGCGCUCCCAAAACUAAAUCAAGAAUAUUUCCAAAUCUAUACAUUUCUCAGUAAAACUCACUUCGGCAAUCUUGUUCACAUCAAUCCAAAGAAGAAAUGUCUAGAAGACUCUAUUAUUCAAAACUUCAUAACAGAGCUAAUAUACGCAUUUCAGAAUGAAAAUUUUAAAAAGAAGAUUUCUGCGAUGGUGUCCCGUUACGAAAUGUAACAUGUUAUAUAAAGUAAAUUGGAACCAAAACCCCAUAGAACAAGUAUUGCAUCAGAAAGUACAUCUAAUAAGCUUGUUAUAAAACCUGUUAAACCAUAUGAUCAUGAACAUUAUAAUUGAUUGCAGACAUCAUUUGUUCACGAAAGUUAGU